GAUGGAGUCAGCGAUGGUUGUUCAGUCUCGUUCUUAGUCUCCUCUUGGCUGGAAUCGCGCGAAUGAACUAUAGUCCGGUAUUUAAUCGAUGUUACUACGAAAAAUUACGCGUACCCUAUCGUAAUACAAAGAAAGAUUGUGACAAUUGGUUCUUGUAAAAGCAAAAAGAAAAAAUAGCAAUAUCGUAUAGAUAAUAUACAAACAAUAUUUGUUCAUUUACAUUUAAUCGAAGAAAGGAAGAUUAAAAAGUUAAACAAUUGUAAGUAAAAAAGGAAAAAAAUGGAGGCAGAAAAAAACGGUACUAUCGAAAAAGAAAAGAAUGAAACGAUCAACGAACAAGGAACGGUAUUAGGACCAGUCACAAACGAAGUUGCAAAUAUGAAGAUUGAGGACAGUACAGCGAGUGCAGGAAGUUCAACCCCAGGCAGUCCAGCUGCUUCUCCUGCUGGAAGUUUUCUAACAAAUUUCAAAGCUUUCUCGAAAUUUGGCGAUCCCAAAAGCGACGGCAAAUUGAUAACUCUUAGCCAAAGUGAUAAAUGGAUGAAACAGGCUAAGGUGAUCGAUGGCAAAAAAAUUACGACCACGGAUACUGGAAUUUACUUUAAAAAACACAAGUCAAUGAAACUAGGGAUCGAACAGUACAAGGCCUUCCUCGAUGAACUCGCUAAAAGUAAGAAAGUCGAUUUAGCAGAAAUGAAAAAUAAAAUGGCGAAUUGUGGAGCACCUGGUGUUACUGGAUCAGUCCAUGCAGGUAAAGCAGCUUCAACGGUAGACCGUUUAACGGAUGUGACCAGGUACACUGGUUCCCAUAAACAACGUUUCGAUGAAAGUGGGAAAGGUAAAGGUAUAGCUGGUCGAAAGGAUUUACCUGAUCAAUCAGGAUACGUCCAGGGAUAUCAGAAUAAGGACACUUACAAUAAAGGUCACUAGCCCAGAUA